AUGCGGUUCAGUCUUUGCUUUCCCAUUGGUCUUGCGGCAAACUCCGUGGUCGCUAGUCAAUGUAAACCUCGUACUUCGAGUGACUCGAGCACCGCAUCUAUCGAGUCUGCCACCUCCACUAUAGCUACGGCUAGGAGCACUGAGAUUGACAUGACAACCACCAGCUCUGUCCAUUUGUCUACAAGCACUGUCACGUCUACUUCCGAAGACGACACCACCACCGACUCAAUCAGCUCCGAGCUAUCCGUGUCCACAACUAUGAGUGCCACAACCACAACGAGCGACUCGGAUGUCGAACCUAUUGCUACCUUUGGUAUACUCGCCAGCGGCUCUCAAGUAGACGGCAAAUAUCUCACGGGGCGUCUGGCCUUUUCUAUCGACCCCAUCACCAACUAUGUGAGAGAAAGCGGCGGAAACGUCUUGUGCGUGGGCUAUGGAAGCGAUAGGGUGCCCAACUUCGUCUUGCUUUGCUCUCUCGUCUCCCUCAACUUGACCAAAUACAGCUUCAUCACUUGCGAGCAAACGCCAGACAGAAGGCUCGAAUCCUCCGCGCAAGCUGGGGAAUGCACUGGUCGUCCAUUCCAAACUUGUGCACCUAUCCCUGGGGCCACCUUCUCACAGUUCCAAACCUUUCUGGGAAGGGACGACGGGAUCUUUCUUGCUAUGACCUCGGCCAGCAACCCUCCUACAGGCAACACCUUUCAGGCCGUAGACUUUGAAAUCACAGCGCUCCAGUCUUGA